AUGUCCGAGUGGUUACUCCCUGUUCGAGCGUCAUGGAUCGGCUUGACACGACGGUGUUUUGCGUUUCAGCGGCUGGGAAGUGUACGCUAUGCACACACUGGCAGUGGGAGCAGUGUGAGCAGCCAUUCAACGGCUGCGGCUAUGCCGCUGCCGGAUCCUCUGCAGACCAGCUUCCAACCGACAGGUCUGAAAAGACUCGUUAAGCAAGUUUUCGGAGAGAACGCAGCACCGCUACCUCCUGGCUACCGUGUUGAACCGCGCCUCCUGACCCAAACACCAACCCACGUGACGACACUGACAAACGGGAUGCGCGUCGCAACGGAGCGCCUGGACACGCCUACGGUGACGGUAGGACUGUGGCUGGAUACGGGUACUCGAUUCGAACCGGCUGCUGUGAACGGCGCAGCGCACUUUUUGGAGCACAUCAUUUUCAAAGGCACCCAGCGCCGAACGCAACAGCAGUUGGAGAUGGAGGUAGAGGAUAUGGGCGCGCAACUCAAUGCGUACACAUCCCGCGAGCAAACCGUGUAUUUUGCUCGUUGCUUGAGCGAUGUGCUCCCCCAGUCAGUGGACUUGCUUGCCGAUAUUAUUCAGAACAGCCGUCUGGAUGCUGCAGCGGUGGAGCGCGAGAAAGACGUCAUCUUGAGAGAGAUGGAGGACAUCGAAUCGCAGCCAGAAGAAGUCGUAUUCGACUAUUUGCAUGGUACUGCUUUCCAAGGGACACCUCUGUCACGGACGAUCCUGGGACCGGUGGAAAAUAUUCAGGCAAUGCAGCGGGAAGCCUUGCUCGAAUACAUCCGGCGACAUUACCGCCCGCAUCGCAUGGUGCUGGUCGCUGCCGGUGGGUGUCCCGAACACGAACGGUUCGUGGAGCUCGCCGAGAAGCACUUUGGCAGCAUGCCUCGUGCCGAAGAUGAAAGCGUGUCUUCAGAAACACUUGCAGCCGCUGAGCCCGCGUACUUUACCGGCUCCGAUGUGCGUGUUCGGAAUGAUGACAUGCAGCUGGCGCACUUCGCGCUCGCCUUUGAGACCUGCGGCUGGGCGCAUCCAGAUGCGCCCGCGCUCAUGGUGAUGCAGGCGCUCAUGGGUGCCUACGAUCGCAACGCAGCCCUGAGCCGCUUCUCGUCGUCGCGCCUGUGCAGGGGACUCCACAAUGUUCCGAACGCCGUUAGCGCACAGGCCUUCAAUACGUCGUAUGUAGAUACGGGCCUUUUCGGUGUUUAUGCUAUAGCGCAUCCGCCUGAUCUGGAUGACGUCGUCUACGAGAUUCAGAUGCAGUUAACCGGGAUGGCGUACAAGCUCGAUGAGUCCGAGGUGGAACGGGCGAAGAGGCAACUCAAAACAUCGCUUUUACUCCAGCUGUCCGAUUCAAACGCCGUUGCGGAGGAUAUUGGCCGUCAGUUGCUGACCUACAACCGUCGUGUGCCGCUGGCUGAAACGUUCGCUCGGAUCGAUGCGGUAACGGCGGAAAGUCUGAUUCACAUUGCGAACAAGUACCUGUGUGAUCGGGAGCUUGCUGUGGCCUCUUUGGGCCCGAUCGCUUCGCUGCCGGAUCUGCUGUGGAUGCGACGACGCACGUACUGGUUGCGGUACUAG